GGGGGAUCUCCUUAAAUGCCUCCAGAUCAGCCUCUGGUUCAGUAGUGACAGCCUUAGAGAAGGUCUAGAAUAGUGACCACAGUUGACAGGGUUCCACCCUGUGGUCCCUAGAGAGUCAGUCAGUGUGUCAGUGUCCGGGUAGGUCUAAGUGGUGAGAAGUGGGACUCCUUGUCGUGCACCUGACACCACCAUGGAUGACUAUCCGAUGUAUGGGUUACUUGUUGGGUUCUCCUUGUGGGGGACCCUCUGGCGUCUCCUCUUCCCCCUAGGGUUCUGGCCCACGCUCACGUGUAGAGUAGGCACCCGGGGCAGCACCUCCACUGCGCCUUACACAAAGGAAGAGGAGGAGAAGAUGGCCGCCAUUCUGAGGGGAAGGAAAGAGAAGAAAGAGGCUAAGAAAAAGGCCCUACAGGAGGAGCAGGCGGCAAAGUUGAAAAAGAUAGAGGAGGAGAUGGCCAGAGAGAAGGAGAGGUUGAAGAAAGAAGAAGAAGCGAAGUUGAAGGUGGAAGAAGAAGAGGAGGAAGAUGAUCAGCCACUGGAAAGGAGAAGAGAGCAGCGAGGGAAGUACAAUGGCAGCAAGAGUGAGGAGAUGGAGAAGAGGAUCUCAGAAUGGGUCGCCAACUUGUCCUUGGGGGAAGAAGAAAAGGUAGCCAUGUACAUCCCCAAGGAUGAGCAGGAAGCCGCUAUGCAGGAAUGGGAUGCAGAAAGAGAUGCUUUGAAGCGGCAGACGAUGGAAGAUGAGAAGAGGAUGGAGUGGUAUGAUGCGGUCAAGGAGUUAGAGGAGGUGCAGAAACCUAGUCUACAGUUGACUCCUCAGGUGGACCUCGAACGGAAGGUAGAGAUCAUUGCCCAGAGUGUCGAGCGCUUGGCUCGAGUGCAGGAAGAACAGUAUGAGUUUAGUAGAAGUCAGGAUAUGGCCGUGCGUUCGAUGCGGAUGGGAUUUCGGGAGUUUGCUUGCGAGCUGGUAGGCGCAGUAGGAGCCGAGGUGAAUCAUCACCUCGAGAAGACUGAACGCUUCUACGUCGGCGCCAUUGAAGGCCUCAAGGCGGCAGCUCCCAAGGAGGAAGAGGCACGUCCUCGCCGGGAGCCAGUCAAAGUCAAGUUCCCCGAUUCCUACAGUGGAAAGAGGGAAGAGAACUUUGACGAUUGGGAGGCCAACGUGAAGACCUAUGUGCAUUUGCAACAGGUCUCCCCAGAUCAGCACGUGUUAAUUGCCAUUCAUGCACUUAGAGAUGAGGCCGCCAGUUUCGCAAGGUCACUAGUCCGCACUGCCAACUACAACAAUGAUGCAGUGGCCUACUCACUGUUCACUCCCCUCGUUGAUUUCAUGAAAUUGCUGCGCGAGCGAUUUGCUGAUGUUGCUCGCAGUGUUAAGGCCUCAGAUAAGCUCCAAACCAUCCACGCUUGUAAAUGGAAGAGUGCCAGGGCACUCAAGGGCACGAUGGAUGAAUUAGUGGCUGUCCUUGACCAUGGGGUCACAAAGGCCCAAUUGGUUGGCCUCUUCUAUCGGGCUAUGCCCGAAGCCUUUCGAGGGAUGUCCCCGCGAGAGUUGGAAGAGCUACGGAAGCAGUUGGACGAGCUUCUCGAAAAGGGUUGGAUUAGGCCCAGCUCGUCACCAUUUGGAGCACCUGUUCUCUUUGUCCCCAAGAAAGAGGGAGAGUUGAGGAUGUGUAUAGACUAUAGGGGUCUGAAUGCUGUUACAAUGAAGAAUGUUGAGCCACUGCCUAGGAUAAACAACCUCUUGGAUCGAGUGCAGGGGGCAAAGUACUUCUCCAAGAUAGAUUUAAAGUCUGGAUAUCAUCAGCUAGAGGUACAUCCUGAUGAUCAGUAUAAGACAACCUUCCGGACUAGAUAUGGGCACUACGAGUUCAUAGUGAUGCCCUUUGGACUAACCAAUGCGCCAGCGACGUUCCAGCGCUGUAUGAACGAUUUGUUUAGGCCAUGGUUAGAUAGAUUUGUUGUUGUCUACUUAGAUGAUAUCUUAGUGUUUAGCAAGACCCUCCAAGAACAUCAGGGUCAUCUCAGGCGGGGAAACAGGAAGUCGUUGUGCGAUGGCUCGAAGACGGACGCUCUGGGAAGACAGGCCACUCGGGAUCCUGCUACCACACGAAACGAAUGGCAGGGUAGAAAUAAGCAUGCCUGCAAGGAGUGGGGCGCCUCGGCGCUACCAUUCCUCCGCAUACUCCGAUGUGCUGGAGACUGGGUACGACUUUAUCUUGGCACUUCCUGGUCUCGCCGGUUCUGUGGCACAGAGGCCGAAUGGGCGACCGAGACACUCGUUCUCAAAACGAAGUGUGGUCAGACCCAUCGCGUCCCGUUCAUUGGAACCACGGGCGACACCCCGCCCGACCUACUUCCCCARGACCCUCGUCCCUCAGGGUCCCACCCCAACAUCGCGUUCACUUYCCCUCGUCAGUUUGCUCACUUCAUACGACAGGAGGACGUCACGUUCUACUCAGUGAACGUCAUGGAUCUUCUUCGCUACGAUCCACUCUGUCCCGAGGUUGAGCUCAUCUCUCUGGAGCCCGAUCCCCCUGACCCUCCUUCCAUCUUCGCGGCUCCCAUCUCUACAUCCACUCGUCAGCCUGCGGAUACCCCCUCCACGUCUCAGGCCCCUGCGCCGUCGACUGUCGAGUCCACACAUACGUCUCGCGCUGACGCAGACGCUGAGGAACUCACACGGUUCACGGCAGACUUAGAGUCGGCCGUUCGGGACCUGAUUCGAGAGUACCGCGACGUCUUUCCCCCGUAUUUCUCAUACAGCGGGAUUCCCCUGAUGCGCGGUGUUGAGCAUUCUAUCCAACUCGUGCCUGACUAUCGUGUUCACCAUCAGGCACCGUACCGACUCUCGAUCCCAAAGGCGACGAAACUCAAGCGUCAGCUUGAGGAGCUCCUUCGAUUGGGUUUCAUUAAACCCAGUAACUCCCCUUGGGGUGCACCUGUCCUUUUUGCUCGCAAAGCGGACGGAACUCUCCGCCUCUGCAUCGACUACCGCGGCCUUAACCGUUACACGGUUAAGAACAGUUAUCCCAUGCCCCGCGCGRAUGAGYUGUUUGACCGUCUGGCAGGCAACCGCUUCKUCACGAAGAUCGAUCUUCGUAGCGGUUACCACMAGAUCCGCGUUGCCACAGAGGAUCAGCCGAAGACYGCCUUCCGAUCGCGCUUCGGCCACUACGAGUUCAYGGUGAUGCCAUUCGGCCUCACCAAUGCCCCCGCCACCUUCCAGACGGCGAUGAACGACAUCUWCAGGGACAUCCUUGAAGAAUACGUUCUCGUAUACCUGGACGACAUCUUGGUCUACAGUCGUACCUUAGAAGACCAUAUCAGACACCUCCACGAUGUCCUACAGCGCUUACGCAAGCAUGGCUUCUAUGCCAAGCUCAGUAAGUGUCGCUUUGCCCAGCGCAAAGUGGACUUCCUAGGACACCAUGUGUCUGACCAGGGUCUCCACAUGGACGACGCGAAGAUCACUGCUAUUGCAGAGUGGCCCGUCCCCACAUCUGCCAAGCAGCUUCACAUUUUCCUAAGCCUCACCUCCUACUAUAGUAAUUUUAUCCAGGGAUACGCUAGGUAUCCCUACGUCCUUACCUCUACCCUUCUCCGAAAGAACCCGUCGUGGUUUUGGACACCCCUGUGCGAGGACGCCUUUCGCGCCCUCAAGAAGGCGGUGACCUGUGCGCCGGUUCUUCGCCUUCCCGAUUUUGAUCAUCCCUUUAUCGUCACCACCGAUGCGUCAGAUUUUGCAGUAGGAGCUGUCCUUUCUCAGGUGUUUCCCUCUCCUCCAGAUUCACCUUACCCCCAUGUUCCUCCUUUCCCCCCCCCUCCUGCUGACACUGCUUCUCGACUGACGCCUACCCUCCCACCACUUCCCUCCACUGACAGUCCUCCUGUUACUUACUCCCCGACCAUCACGGAGGAUGGGACUGUCGAGGCUCGGGCUGGGGAUUGCCCGAUCGCGUUCUACUCCCGUCAGCUACUGCCUGCCGAGAUAAACUACAAUGUCGAUGAACAUGAGCUCCGCGUCCAGGCUGUAGCAGAGUUCCAUGACCAGGCAGCUGCCGGUCAUAUGGGUUUCCACAAGACGUUGGCUCGUGUUUUCCGCCUAUACGUCUGGCCGAAGUCCAAGGACUUUGUAAAAGCCUACAUCCUGGAGUGUCCUACCUGCCAGGAGGUGAACAGUGUGAACCACCUUCCGUAUGGGUUACUUCAGCCCCUACCCAUACCUGAAGGUCGUUGGCAGUCCAUCUCGAUGGAUUUCAUUGGUCCCCUUCGCCCACCCACUGAGCGCAGUCAUAAUGCUAUCUUGGUCGUCGUCGAUCGCUUCACAAAGCGUGCACGUUUUGUCCCGUGCCGCUAUCGCAUUAGCGCUCGUGAGGUCGCCGACAUCGUCUUCGACCGAGUCGUGAGAGAUCACGGCUUACCUCAGAGCAUCAUCUCCGACCGUGACCCGCGCUUUACCAGCACAUUCUGGCGACGCCUACACGAGGUGUACGGAUCCCAGCUCCGCUUCUCAUCGUCUUACCACCCUCAGACGGAUGGUCAGACUGAGGUCACCAAUAAAACUCUCGGUAAUAUCCUCCGAAAGUUUGUUAGGGAUGACCAGCAGUGGGACUUACACUUAGCCCACGCGGAGAUUGCGUACAAUCACGCUGUUUCGCCAGCCACGGGGAUGUCGCCAUUUUAUUGCGACCUCGGCUACCACCCUCGCGUACCCGCGGAUUUCCUACGACCAUCGCGGUUGCGCCCAGACACUCGUUGCCCUGCGCUUGACGACUGGAUCGCCCACAUGGCGGCGAUUAUGAAGCGCGCACACGAGAGUUUAGCCGACUCCCAGACUCGCAUGGCCGCACGAGCGAACCGAUCACGAAUGGAUCAUCCAUUCAAAGUCGGUGACGAUGUGCUCGUCGACGCACGCCACUUACAGCUCGAAGCAGAUACGCUUCGCAAGUUCAGGCGUCGUUUCUUCGGCCCAUGCCGCAUCCUUCAGGCCGUCGGUUCUGAUACUGCCGCUAGUCCGGUCAGUUUCCGUGUGAAGCUACCUGAUUACCUUCGACAGGCUCGCGUACACGAUGUUUACCACGUCUCCUUGCUGCGUCCUUAUCGCAGACCGUCCGAGCGCUUCGYCGGACGCCCUUAUGAGYGCCCUCCACCUAUCAUGGUGGACGGUCACGAGGAGUUCGUUGUUUCCGACAUCGUAUCACGCCGAGUUACCGACGAUACCCCUCCACGCAUCGAGUACCUUGUGUGUUGGAAGGGCUACUCUGAUGAGGAGGCUACUUGGGAGCCCCUCGAGCACUUGCAGCACGCCAGGAUGUUGGUGUGUGCAUACGAUCGUGCUCGUCGUACUGAGAUGUCUGCCCCUGCUCAGCCGACUGACCCUCUUCCUCCUCCUCCGGCUGAGGAGAUUGCUGAGGACGAGCCCGCUCCCUCUGAGGCCGUCGGGGAUCUAGAGUACUUUGAAAAGGCUUUCGCCGACAUCUGUCUCAGCUUACCGGAUCGCGAAGGAGGUCGUGACAAUGUGGAGUGCCCAUCAGACCUUAUCAACAGUGUGAUCGCUGGGCUGGCAUCAUCAGGGGCGACUGCAGCAGUUAUCAAUGAGUGGUCGGCAGCAGUAAUUGGGUUUAUUGCUGGUCUCGUUUACAUGCUUGGCGCAAAAAUCGUCUUGAGGUUGAAGAUUGACGACCCGGUAAAUGCAGUGGCUAUCCAUUUUUUCUGUGGCAUUUGGGGGACACUUGCAGCAGGCUUGUUUGCAGAUCCAGAUAUUGUGAAAGAUCUCUAUCACAUAACCAAGGCGCCAAAUGGUGGAUUGUUCCUCGGCGGUGGAAUCAACCAACUAGUUGUCCAGGAAAGUGUUAAUUUGGGGUGUUGGGACCCCAACGGAACUGGGGAGGGAGGAACCAAGUAGUCAUUUUCAAUGAUUUUUGUUUUUCCAUUUUUUAAAAGACAAAACAGGUCCUUAUGGAUCGGACUCC